AUGCUCGGCGACGAUGAGGACGUGUUCGACAGCGUAACCUGGGAGUCGCCCGCCGCGCCCGCAACGUACGAAGGCACCUCCGCCGGCCUCUCUGGCCCCGGGUUCAGGCAGAGCACGGCUGAAAGCGAGGACGGGCGCGACCCGCACGACCCCAAGUGGGAGGGCUAUCUCAUUACCAGCGUGAAGGAUCCCGUGAAGGAGCUCGCGGAGACCAAGGAUGCCUACGUCUCCUAUCUUGUGACUGCGAAGACCAACCUUCCUAUAUUCUCAACACCAAACCCUACUGCUAGGAGGCGGUUUCAAGACUUCGUGUUCCUGCGAACACACCUCGCGAAGGACUUCCCUGCCUGCGUUGUCCCCCCUUUGCCAGACAAGCACAGACUCGAAUAUGUGACAGGAGACAGGUUCAGCCCGGAGUUCAUGGAAAGGAGGAGACUUGACCUCCACCGCUUCCUACAACGAUUGGCUCGCCACCCGACACUACAGAGGAGCACCCUGCUCCGGGCGUUCUUUGAGUCGACAGAAUGGCAUGUCAUCAUGCACCAACACGUCGCGCACCCGCCGGUGGAGCCCUCGUCCGGGGUGAUCGACAGCAUCUCCGACAGCCUGCUGAACGCGUUCUCGCGCGUGCGCAAGCCGGACGAGCGCUUCCUCGCGAUGCGCGAGAGCGUCGACAAGUUCGAGGAGGGCAUCGCACUCUCGGAGCGGCUGUACAGCCGCGUGCGGAACCGGACCAACGACGGCAAUCCCGAACCGGGUGAAGAUCUCACGGGCGACUACCACGACCUCGCCGUCGCGGUACAAGGCCUCGGCUUCCUCGAGUCGGGCAUUACGGACCCGCUUAACCACUUCUCGAACACGCUCCUCGAGUUCUCUGCUCUCUUGCGCCACAACACGCAAACGUCGACGGAUCCGUUCCUAGUGCAUCUGCACUCGCUCAUCCAGUACUCGCACGCGAACCGCGCGGUGCUCAAGCUGCGCGACCAGAAGCAAAUGGACUUCGAGGAGCUGUCCGAGUACCUCUCCGCAGUGACAGCUGAGCGCGACCGGCUCGCGGCGGUGAUCAGCGGUCGCGCCGGGAGCACUGGCCUCGGGCUGGGCGCGUACAUCAAGGACAGGGUGGACGCGCUUCGCGGGCAGGACGACGAUCGGGCGCGCGUGGAGCGGAUGCGCAAGCUGGACACGAAGAUCAAGGAGCUCCAAGACGCGGUGACGACAGCGCACGAGACGUCGGACGCGUUCAGCGACGAGACGCUGCGCGAGCAGGCGAUCUUCCAGCGGGCGAAAGACGCCGAGAUGAAGGAGAUGCUCGGGAACUACGCUGACGGGCAGAUCGAGUUCUACAAGGCGGCCAUGGAGGAGUGGGACAGGAUUAUACCAGUAAUUCAGCGCAUACGCGUGGACGUUUAAUCUACGGCGCCGCCACCGGUCCGUUGUAUUUGUAUCCUGUUUACCCUGUUUUACGUGCGCGGUCAGUCGGCCCUCUGCUUCCCUUUUGACUCCGCCUCUUUGCCUAGAUUGAGUUUGUACUCCGAUUCCUGAACUGCAAGCGAGAGGUCUAUGAUACCCGUGUCGACCGCACGGACCAUGUGAAGCUCAGCGGCGUCGGUG